AUGAUGCAGUGCUUUCAUUUCAUGGUCGAACCAGUUAAGAAUGUGACGGCAAAGAUUAAGGAGGUGCACAAGAAAAACAAAAAGGACAAGACCGAGCCCUUGGAUGAGGAUCAAUUAUUCAUUGGGGAGUUAGCCAAAGAGAUCAACCGAGUCUGUCAGAGGUCUGAAGUUCUAGAGCACAUCUGGAACCAUGAUGACACCUGGUCUGCACUCCUCUGCCGCUUCACCAUUUUAGAGUGGGCGACCAUCCUGGAGCAGAAGAAACGUAUGCAGAGUGAUGGAUGGCCAGAGAUGAAUGACACAAGCGAGUAUGAUCUCUACAAUGAGCAGAACGUGCAACAAGCCAAGGCUGUCAUUCUUAACUGGGUCAAAGAUCUGAAAGCACAGCCUGAGCAAAGCGUGUGGCCUGGAGAACCCGUGGCGAAGACUUUGGAAGACCUGAAGUCAGCCUGGCGCUGGGGACGUGUGCCCAGUCUGGUGUCAGCCUUGGAGCUGCUCAUGUGGACUCUGGUGCUGCAAAGUCCAGACAAGGAUUAUCUACCUCAGCAGUGGCUUCUAUGGAAACAGAAGACCCAGAAAAUAGGUGCCAUUCCCUAUGUUCCUCAGCCAGUGUGGGAUUGGAUCUCUGACACUGCAGUGGACAUAACUCUGGACUUGGACACUGCCAAUCCGGAUUUACUGAUUACAGGAGACAAGCGUCUGCGCUGUGGCUUUGACAGAAAAGACGUACCAAACUACCACCAGAGGUUUGAUGGCUGGUGGUGUGCCGUGGCCAUGGAGGGCUUUGGCUCCGGCCGCCACUACUGGGAGGUGGAAGUGGGUGAGCGUGACUGGCGUCUGGGCGUGGCCAAUGAGUCAUCCUUGAGGAAAGGAUUUAAGUCUCUGAACACUGACACUGGAUAUCUGACGCUGCGCCUAGAGAGAGGCACAGAGCUGAAGGCCCUGACCGUGCCCUUCACCGCUCUGCCCCCAGGGCUCAUCUCCCGCAAAGUGGGCAUCUACCUCGACUAUGAGCACGGCCAGUUGUCCUUCUAUGACGUCGACAGGCGCUUCCACAUUUACACAUACAAUGAGUGCUUCACAGAGAAGCUCUUCCCACUGUUUGGAACAGUGGAGAUCCUCAAUGAUUUAGUAAUCAGAGCUCCAGUGGUUAAGACCCAAUACCUCUGCCCAGGCUCCUGCCUGUGGGCCUGA